CAGCCGGAAGGAGGCAUUUACCGUGAAGAGUCGCGGAGGACAGUCAGUGUUUGAGGUGGUGAUCCAGUAUUCAUUUGACUUUCUUCGUGCCAGCUUCUUUUAGAACCCCUGCUGUGGAGACAUCAGACGGCUUUCCCACGUCCUCACCUCAAGUGUUCCUUACGUGUCUCUGGCUGAGCCUGGAGGACUGAUAGAUCUGAGGAGCUCUGAGGUGAAAUCAGCUGAGAGACAUCAGGACAGUGAUAGGAGACUGCAUCAUGAAGAUCUGCUCUACUUCCAGGAAACUUACUUCGCUCUCCUUUCUCCUGGGGCUCUCAGGCAUAUGGGCCCAAAUACAGGUGCCUCAAACCAGCAUAGAUGUGGUCAAAGGUAAACUGGUGCAGCUAAAGGCCUCGUACAACGCAAAGCCGGGCAGUGACCUGACCACCAGCACUGUCAUCUGGAACUUUGUGGGAGACAGCACCCAGCAGGUCAUCAGCUACACCAAAGGCUCCAUCAAUGAGGGCAGCGCCCAGUUCAGGGGACGCGUUGGGUUCCUGGCUAACAUGCCUUCAAGUGAUGUGUCUCUGUACAUCAACAACACUCAGGAGUCUGACUCCGGCCGCUAUGUGUGUCAGGUCCUCAUUCCCGAAGUUUUCAUGGAGCCUGUUGAGGUCAUGCUGGAUGUGAAGGUCCCCCCUGCUGUUCCCACGUGCUCUCUGUCUGGGAAGCCAGUGCUGAAAGGAAAUGUGACUCUGAUGUGCAUGUCUAGUGCUGGGAAACCUCUUCCGCUGUACAAGUGGAGGAGAACCAGUCCAACAUCUGAAGUCUUUUUUGCACCUAUGUUAAAUGAGAACAUUGGCACUCUGAAGCUGAACAACCUGAGCAGCAACAUGUCCGGGAAGUAUGUGUGUACAGCCAGCAACGCAGCUGGAAGCGAAAACUGCUCCAUCAGCCUGGACAUCAUCAACACCAAUAAGGUUGGAGUGAUUGUUGGUGCAACAGUUGGAUCAGUCCUCGGUUUCAUCUUCCUCCUCUGCGUCUGCAUCGGGUUUCUGUUUGUUUUCAAGAAGAGAAGAGAUAAUGAAGAUGAAAUGGCCAAUGAAAUCAAGGAAGAUGCUCAGGCUCCCAAGCGAGUGUCCUGGGCAAAGAGUGGCAUGGGCUCUGAUGUAAUCUCUAAGAAUGGCACACUGUCCUCUAUCGCCUCCAGCCCGCACCACAAAGCACCCUCCCACCACCUUAACAAUCACCACCUGCAGCAGUAUCCCCAGCAUCCUGCCUCAGACACCGCCUCCAUCCUCACAGCCACCGGCAGUGCAGCUGGCUACAGACCGUCCCGCCAUCAAGGGGCCUCCACUCCCACUCAUUACAGCUACAACAACAGCAACACACUGCCACACGGACAGCCCGUCUCCUCCCAGGCCGCCAACGGGAGUUCACUGCCAGUUCAGGAGCGCUACAGCCAUCUGCCCCAGGCCCAGGAGCAGCCUCAGACCUACAGCCAGUUCCAGCCUGCUCCGUCCCCUCCACCGCUGCCCACCUCCACCAUCACAGCCUCCAACAUCCACCGCAUGGGAGGGGUGCCCAUCAUGGUGCCUGCGCAAAACCAAGCAGGCUCUCUGGUCUAAAAGAAGUGCCACUGUGUGCAGUUAGACUUUCACAGAGUGUCAGUUGGUUCUUUAAAGGGAACGCUUUAUGUUUUAAUUAUUUAGCGGAGAGAAGAAGCGACAAGUCAUUUACUGUUACACGCUUUCAAGUCAGCGGGCUGCCAUGACAGUAAUUAGCUAAAAGGCUGUUUACUUCCUUUGUAUUCACUCUUUAUAUUUUAUUCUUACAAUUUAUUUAUAGAUAUGAUUCUCUUUUCUACUUUUUUAAUAAUAUUCUUUAACACCAUCCAUUUUCUUGCUGAUCACUUCUCAAUCAUUAAAAUAUUAAAAAUAAGCCAGAAUAUGGAUCAUCUUUGCAGGAUCUUGGACUGGGAUGCACUCUGUUCCCUGUGGAACAGGGCUCCCAGCUGGGGAAAAGUGCAGAUACUCAAAACUGAUGUGUAUGUGAUUUCCUCAUGGGCCCUUUAAUUGCAAAUGUCUUAAUUCAAUUCAGAAAUACUUUAUUCAUCCCAAAGGCAAAUGAAAUGUUGCAGCUCAUACUCUGCAGGUUUCUUCAAAGAGCCGUUGUAGAUGCUGAUGGCUGUGGGCAGGAAUCUCCUGUAGUGGUCUGUCUCACAGCAGAUCUGAAGAAACCUCUGACUGAAGACACUCUGUUGUACUUGUAUUAUUAGUCAUGAUACUCUAGCAUUAUUUUUGGUAAUGAGAAGGAAGAAGGAUGAGGAGGAAGUUUCACUUUGAUCUGCUCAAAGAUGAGUGAUAAGCACAAUUUGGUGUGCAUGAUUAUUUCCAUCUUCUCACCAAGUUAUCCCCACAGAGGACAAAAUGGCACUCUUGAUGCUGCUCUGCAUAUGCGCAUAAACAUGCAUCCUCUCCUGCUGCUAUUAGGCUGAUGAAAAUACUAAUGGUGUUUUCUCCUCGACUACUGUCGUGACAGAUGGACUGAUGGUAGAGGUGCAGAAACCCAUAUUUACAUAGAAAAUCUAUAAAUUUUAAGGAAACAUCUUAGUUUAGAUGUGAUGCCUGUGGUGUUGUGGUGAGAUAGCCCAGAAAACAGCAGGGAAACAUCUUUGCGCUAAGUAAAAAAGCACAGUAGGGUCAAGCUUGCAUUUCUGUAAAAAUUAGGUUGUUUAGAUUUGCCAUGAUCCUGCAAUGUUAGAAACUCGCUGACUUUUUUUAUUCUUGAAAGGCAUAUUAUUGAAAAUUGCUUAUGAGUCUGAUUCAGAACUGCGCUGUUUUAACUUAGCAUAUUGUCACCUUCCAAAAAUAAUUGUCUAAGUCAUUUUUUUAAGUUUUUCAGGAAAUAUAUAAUAUUUAAGAACAAUUUCACCCAAAAUGGUAAUUACAACAGAUGAGAGUUAACAUUUGUUAUGGUCCUUUUUAUAAAGCUACAUCUUUUUUCAAUUAGAUCAUAUAAUGUGGAAAAUUAAAAGAAAAACAGUUGAUAAAGUAAUCUUUAAAAUGAAGGAAAGAGUUGACAAAAAUGUAUGACUUGUUACAGCCACAAGUUCUGGAGCUCUUCCACUCUUUACUAAAUGUUAGCUUCAUGAAUGUAGCUACUUAGUGGACAGAAAUGCUGACUGAAAGACAGAAUUAAAAUACUAAAUAUCUAUGCAAUAUUUAAUGCCUAGCCUAUAUUGUGGUAAUCCUCAUCACUUAACAAUAGGGGAUGAGCCCUGAAUUAUCGAAAUAGCUUCAGUCUCCGAGUAGAUUUUGGUUUUACCUGAAGCGGACACCAUUUUAAAAAGCCUGUAAGCCUCUAAGUCACACUCUUGACAUAGGUUGUUAUACAACAGGCAUGGAAUUGCAUGACCUCCUCAACUGAGGAUUUAGACAAUUUUACAAGAAGUGGCUAGCAUCAUGAGGAGAUGAUUUAGGCAAAAAACUCAUUUUUCAUAAAAAGAGACUAAGGCCAUUAUUUUAGGAAGGUGACAAUGUAUUUGUUAUAAUACUUUCAGGCUUCCUGUAGGACAAAAAACUUGUAAAUACAGUGUUAAUCGGCUGAUAAGUGUGUCCCAAACCGCAUUGAUUUUUGCUUUUUGUGUUUUAUUUUCAGGCCUAUUCUGUAUGGAUAAGCCAUACAGCACAGAUGACUUGUCUAAAACACUGGAUAUUGAACCAAAGACAAACAUUUUGAUGUCCCAAGGUUCCUGACAUAUUUUCCACCUUUUUUAUAGCAACAGCUUUAAUUGAGGUUACACUAUGAUUUUAAAACAAACAGCUACCAUUAGGUUGGAAUAUCGUAAGGAACAAACAUCAAGAAUCAAUUUUCUGAUGCAGAACAGCUUCAAAAUGCCUGCUACAAUAAACCAUCUCACCUCAGGUUUAGAGAACUCUUUUACUAAAAUAUACUGAAUGUUGUAGGAAAAUUCUUUAGAGAUUUUGAAAGAUGCCUAAACAGACCUCAGCUUUAUUUCUUUAAGCACGAUAGCUUUGUGAAACUUAAGUUUGUAAUAACCCAAGCUACCACAGAGUUGGAAUAUUAUUUUGAAAAGUAUUACGUUUUAUUUUGAAAGUCCAAAUUAAAACAUCUUCCGGAUUGCUCUGGCUUUUGGAAAGCGGAACUGGAAAUAAUGAAUUCUGCAGAGCCUCUCGCUUCCUUUUGGACUUACUAAGUUCUAAUCAGAGUUGACAGUUUCUGAAAUUAUCAGGGUCUAUGGGAGCAACCAUGAAGGCUCAAUAAAAGAAAACUGCUGUGUAAUAAUGUAAGAACCAGAGGCACUCAAAAAGAUUAAUCAAUGAAUCUUAUGGUGGUUUUUAGGUGUGCAGGAUGAAGAUGUCAUUGUGCCACUCUUCAGUUGACAGAAACAGACAUUAAUUUAACCUCUAACAAACAGUUACUGUAUGAAAACUAUUAAAACACAUUGAACAGGUUCUCAUCUAAGUGAGCACAUGAGCAUUUUUUCAACUUUAUAUUGCGUGUUGUGGGCGAAAUAAGAGAUUAAAAAGAGCUUUCACUUUGGCAUUUAAAAGGCAAACUAAGAACUGUAAUAUAAAGGGAAUGCACAGGAAUUUGGCUGUGUGCUUCUUGUGCUGAUAGAAAACAGUAAUUUUUAUAACUCUUAUACAUUUAUAAAGGCAUAAACUGUACAUGUGAAGAUUAACCUUUGGGCACAAAAGUAGUGGGAAUUAAAAGCCUUCUGAAUAUUUCACAGGGUAAAAAAAUGUGUGACAGGAUGAGGUUCUGUGAACAAAAUCUUAUGAUUUAAAUCCUGGAAAUGAAACUUAUUGCAUAAAAACUGUAAAUGUUAAAAAUAGGCCCUAUAAGUCAGGUGAAGUUUGGCUUUCCAUAAGCAGUUUCCAUUUUGAAUAGUGUUUCUGCUGCAGAAUAUAUAUUGUAUAUUUCACACACAAAUACUGCUAUCAAUACUAAUAAAUUACUAUUCCUUGUCAACUCGCACAUUCUGAAAUAUUUUAUAUGGGUGUAUCAACAUUGUGGGGUGAGUAAUGAACUAAAACUUGUCAGAAAUGCACCGAAUAACAACACUGGAGUGUAGCUUGAAAAAGAAUCAACAUUUAGAAAUAUGUUGAUAAAGAAAAACAUAAACUCCCUUCUUUACAAAUGUAUCCAGGUGACCGCAUUUAUACUUGUUAAAGUUAGAAAUUACAAUUUUUAUUUUAUUUUAUUUUUUUCUUGUCAUUUCUACAUGUUUCUAAAUGUUUGUCAUGAAUAGAUUUCCCUUUCCUGCUGUACUUUGGAAACACUGGGGCAUUUAUUUACUGUCUAGCUUUUUUAACAUAGACAAAGACAGUGAAAACAUUGCAAAAACCCUUAUUUUUAACUAUUCUGAACUGGACUAUUUAACACAUUUCUUAUCUGUUUAGCAAAGGAUUGAAUUUUUCUGUUGAAUAUUGAUAACACAAGCGAACUGAAAAGUGACUGAUUUCUUACAGUUAUCAGCCUCUGUUUUAGAGUAUGAAUGAGUCAUUUAAAUGUGUACACCGAUGGUUAUAAUGUAUUAUGAAAGACAAGCCUUUAUUUUUAUACAGCAAAUAUACAAGCAUAUGAACAUCAUUUCGUAAUACAAUUUAAUUUCAGGAACUAAAUAAGUGCUCACUGUCACACCAGGAAGUGUUCCAUAAGCUCUGUGGACAAACAGGUGGUAAAACAGCAGAUAUUAAUGUGCAAGAUGCAUAUAUAUACUCCAUAUUUAUGUUUAUGGAAAAUGCCUGUUAUUUUCAAAUAAAAUACAAACAAACUUG